UGGGAGGGCCGUAGGCGCUGGCGCGUGGCCGAGGCACCUGAGAGUGGAAGGCAACCCGGUCCGCCGCACAGAUGGAGGGUCCAGCGCUCCGCUUGCUCCGCGGCUGCGGGCUGGGUUUCCUAAUCUUGAACUACUGGCUAUAUGGCUACGAAAUGCCUGCCGGAGUUCAUUCACAGCUGAGGUAUGAAGCUGGAAUUGGCCCUACAUGCUGGCUAAGAAGAAACUUCCCAACUUGUCUGACUUCUUGGAAACUUCUUCCUCAUGUCCUAAGAUCUUCCCAUUCAGAAGCUCUACUCAACAUUACAACUAAUGGACUACCCUUUGCUCCACUACAAACAUUUACCGAUGAGGAAAUGAUGAUAAAGAGCUCAGUUAGAAAAUUUGCACAGGAACAAAUUGCUCCUUUGGUUUCAACCAUGGAUGAAAAUUCAAAAAUGGAGGAAUCUGUGAUACAAGGAUUAUUUCAACAAGGGCUGAUGGGUAUUGAAGUUGACACAAAAUAUGGAGGAACAGGAGCUUCAUUUUUUUCCUCUGUCCUAGUGAUAGAGGAAUUAGCCAAAGUUGAUGCAUCUGUGGCUGUCUUGUGUGACAUCCAGAACACAGUAAUUAAUCCACUGAUUAAAAAACAUGGAACAGAAGAACAAAAAGCCACCUAUUUGCCUAAGCUGACUACAGAAACAGUAGGAAGUUUCUGCCUCUCAGAGGUUGGAGCAGGUAGCGACUCAUUUGCAUUGAAGACCAGAGCUGAUAAAAAGGGAAAUUAUUACGUCAUCAAUGGGUCAAAGAUGUGGAUUAGCAAUGCUGCCUAUGCAGGGCUCUUCCUGGUGAUGGCAAAUGUAGACCCUUCUGUUGGAUAUAAAGGAAUCACCUGCUUCUUAGUAGAUCGUGACACUGAAGGCUUUCAUAUAGGGAAGGCAGAAAACAAACUGGGAAUCAGAGCUUCUUCGACCUGCCCAUUAACAUUUGAAAAUGUCAAGGUUCCAGAAGCCAAUAUCUUGGGACAAAUUGGACACGGCUAUAAGUAUGCUAUCGGGAGUCUUAAUGAAGGUAGAAUAGGAAUAGCUGCACAGAUGCUGGGGCUGGCCCAAGGGUGUUUUGACUACACUAUUCCAUAUCUUAAAGAAAGGAUGCAGUUUGGCAAAAGAAUAUUUGAUUUUCAGGGGCUCCAACACCAAGUGGCUCACGUGGCCACCCAGCUGGAAGCUGCAAGAUUGCUAACAUAUAAUGCUGCUAGGCUUGUAGAAGCUGGAAGGCCAUUCAUAAAAGAAGCAUCUAUGGCCAAAUAUUUUGCAUCUGAGAUCGCUGGACUAACAACUAGUAAAUGUAUCGAGUGGAUGGGAGGAGUAGGCUACACCAAAGAUUACCCUGUGGAAAAAUAUUUUAGAGAUGCAAAGAUUGGUACAAUAUAUGAAGGCACUUCCAAUGUCCAGCUGAACACCAUCGCAAAGCACAUUGAUGCAGAGUACUGACAUGCAUAGAACCGGGAUGCCCCUCCCCAAUGUCUCUGGUGUCAAAUUUUAAACUAUUGUGCCUUGUUGGGGCAGUAAACCUCCAUGACAGUGAAGCAUUUCAUUUAAGCCCUUAGUCCUUGGGGUAGGGUGUUUCUGUUUUAUCUUUCCAGUCGGUUUAAUUUAGCACAGGAGAUCUUUUUUUUUUUUUUUUUUUUUUUUAGGAGAUUGUUUUUAAAUUUUGAGAAAAAACAUGUCCGUAUUUUCUCUAAAACUUUUGAAAAACUCUAUACAUAUUUAUAUUGUCAUUCUAGUUUCAGAAGAUACAGAUGUUUUAUUCCAUCAGCAUUUGGAAGAAUCUAUUUGAAGUAUUACUUAAUAGAAAUAGGUAUUUUAUAUUCCUAUUAAAAUCUAUCUUGUGGCAUCAGUCAGAGAAACAUUUGUUAUAGUAGACAAUUUUUAUUUAAUACUUUAUAGAUUCAUUUCAAAGUUGUUAAAUGAGGUAGAAACUGAUAAAAAUAUAUUUAGAAAAAUCUAAGAAUUCUAGUACUAAAUAUCUGAGGAUGGAUGAAAAAUAAGGCCAUAACAUUAUAGGUUUUAUAAUUAAAACAUUAUUUUAACAAAGUAAAGCAAUGUCAUUCAUUAUUAUAAUUAAACUCACAAAGAUGCAUUUUAUGAUGAUUUUUAUGAUGAUUUCAGCAGGUCAUUUUGAAAACUAGUCUCUGCAUUAAUUUUCAAGUUCAGAUUUUAAAUAAUGUGGUUUAUUAAUCAGGAGAUAUUCAACUUUGAAAUAGUCCUUCUGUUAUACACUGUUUUCUUUGGUAAUUUUGGCCAGAGAGCACAUGCACUUACUUAUUGGAGAGAGAGAGAGAUGGAGAGUGCGAAAGGACCCACUCAACCCCCUGGAGAAAUAGUUACAUCACAAUCCCCUCUCUAUUUCUUACUCUUUUUGGGAUUUUAGGCAUGCACACACAUGAAUGCAGUGUUUCUCAAGCCACCAGGACCAGGACUUGAACUGCACAAUCAGCCCUGUGGGCUCUAACUGCCUUAACUACCAUGCCAUGGGAAGGCCCCACUAUCUGUCAAUAGUAUAAUUUCUUUGUGUUUUUUAAUUGCAAACUGUUUCAUCCAACUUGGUUAUUGGGCUUUAACCUGAAUGAUAAUUAAAAAGACUUAUGUGUGUGUGUGUGUGAAUCAGUAAUUCUCAAGAGAGAUAUCUCAUCUCCAUAAAGAUAUGUAUCAUAGAGAAAGCUCAACGAAAUGGAUA